GGUGGGAGGAAUUAUCCAACAUUGUCUUUAUCUUGGACAACAUUCGCCUCUCCGAGACCACCUCAAGAGAGUCCAGCUCCAUCCCUACAACAUUGCUGGCCUUGCAGAUCAGUUUGAGUCUGUUAGUAUCAGCAACCCUCAAUCUACUCCCCCCAGCAUGCAACGGCGUAGAGGGUUGCACUGGCCACAACAGACUCAUAGAAAAUCCUGAGCAUUUAAUGUCAAAGACUUGAAUCUGGUGUAGUUAUUGUCUCGAGCUGUGUGGCUCUCAGGCACAGAGUGAGUACCUGCGGGCCUGUGGAGUGAGGAAAAGCUAUGUAGCUGAUCUUGUUUGAGUUGUAAAACCAUGAAGUGACAAGACUGUGGCAGAGGAAUGACAAAUAUGACAUGCUGAUAUGCUGUAUGUUCACAAAGAUGCAUUGUCAUCCUCUUUAUGGAGCCAGAGUGGAAUUUUCCUGGCGGUGACUGUUGUCUGUCAUGACUUGUAUCACACUAAGAAUCAGAAACAGCGAGACAAGACGUGCUUCUAUCAUGUGAUGCUACAGGUACCUGAUCUGAUAUGUGACACGGGGUUAGUCUGCACACGAGGGAGACAUUAGUAUGAUUCUCUGGGGUGCAAUGUCAUUUUCAUGCAUCUUCUUUCAGUGUGAGUGGCCACAUGGGGUCAUUUAAGUAAAUAACUAAAGUAUCUAUAAAGUCCACAGAGAGAGAAACGAAUGAAAACAAUAGCAGCUGGUUGAACUGGUCUGACGAGAAAAAGGAGGGCGGGAGGAAGUGUGGCAAAGGGGGGAGGGUUCAGAGGAGGAGGAGACAAUGCUGAGUCCUCAAUUAGAAAAGUAGAUAUAAGAGCAAAGAUAAGAACAGAAGAGGGAAGCAGGGAGCUCAAAACAAUCACUGUUUUUAGUUAUGACGUUUAGUCAUGAGCAGUGUUGACUGCACUGACACGACUGGAUUACAUGUCAGAUCAACUCUGACGAACUGAUCCGGCAGUCAUCUACCUCACAGCAGCUGUUGGGAAACUGGUAGGAGUCGAAUUCCAGACGGCACUUUACCUCUGACAUCACUCCAGUAUGAGUGAUGGUGGGGAGGGAAACAGCAGGGCCGAAGAGAGCCAUGGAGCCAGGCAGCCCCAGGCCCCUAACGUCAAACCCAAACUCGGACAGAAUGACAGGAACAGCAAGGAGGAGCACCGGAAAAAAGAGAAAUCAUUAAGAGUGAGGAGAUCGAGGAGUUCUGACUCUGAGAGGACAGAAAGAGGGAGGAGAAGAGAGUCAGACAGGAACCGUGGAGAAAGGAGGCAUCGUGGAAGGAGCGAGGAGGGCCGUGGGCGGCGCCAGAGAGACGGAGAGAGCGAUCGGAGAAGGAUGAAACCCCCUGAAAAUGACGUGGAGGACACAGAGUGCGCUGUGUGCUUCUGCACUUACGAUAAUGUCUUCAAGACCCCAAAGCUGCUGGCAUGCGGGCACACCUUCUGUCUGGAGUGCCUGGCUCGCAUCAACGUCACCUCACCUGAGCUCAAGACCCUGUCCUGCCCCGUGUGCCGAGAGGUGACUGAGCUCCCUCGCGGCCGGGACCUGCCCCGUCUGGGAAACAAUCGGGACAUCAUCAGCAAACUCCCUUCAGAUAUGCAGCGGGCGCUGUCCAUCCGCUUUAAGCGCAGCCAGGGUAAGCUGAUGCUGAAGAACCCUCCUCCCAACAGCCCGAGCAGGCCUAAUGUCUUCAGUCUGCCUACCAAGAGUCAAGACACUCAGGCGGCACCAAGCAGGAACCUCCAGCUAAGUGCAAUGGAGCAGGGGAUCACCCCGACCACUGUGGUGGAUGUAGGCAGACCUCCGAGCAGGAUGAGAGGUCGCCUGCGCAGGAUGUUCCGUUCAGAUCAGUGCUACUACGCAGUGGUUGCGACCAUCAUCACCAUCACUGUGGCGCUCAUGCUGGUGGGAAUUCUGGCUUUUGUGAUCAUACCCACUGUGUCCUUGAACAACGUUCAUCCCCCACGUCCACAAUCAAACAACACUUCACAGCAAAAUCCAUGAACUAGAGAUGCGUCCAUGUCAAGGACAGGACUGUGGAGGGUGAUGGUUGGGGAGAUGAAGUGGACAAGGAGAGAGAAUCACACAAAACUUCCAGUGACCCUUGUUCCACUUUGCACACCUUGUGUUUAUAAUGAAGUACAAACUGAGCUCCUUCAAGCUUGGGUCACGUGGAGAAAUGAAGGAAAACCAGGAGAGCAACAUUUUUUUAAAAACAAAAGAACUGGCAGGUGCACAUGAAGGAAAAGGGACUGAUGUGUUUCCUGUUUUUAUUCUUUUCUGAAGGUGUUUGUGUUCACCGUGAGAGCGGUUGAACACAAUAAAGGAACCUUGUGCACAGAUCAAGUAAGCUGUAAAUGUUGAAAUGCACUACACUCUGUGAUGAAAGGUUGGGAAGAUCUCUGGAUUGAACGCUGAUCUCGCAAACCAGAGUUUAUAGUUCUUAACUAAUUUUGUUUAUAGUCCAAACCCAUUGUACAUACAGAUGCCACAGAUGAUUUAUAUAUUUGCAAGUAUUUCUCAACAUAUCCAUCAAAUAAAGGCAUAUUUGAGAUUGUCCUCUACUGA